CAGCCGAGUUGUCUUUUUCGGGGUUUCUUUGGUUGUUUAUAUGCUAACAUCAUCUAAUGUAUCUAGGUUAGGAGUUGUUAGCUCUGGGAACGCUCUGAUUUUUUGUAUAAAACGUUGGGCUCUGUGAGUGAAGAUGGGAUGUGACGGAGGAACCAUUCCUAAAAGACACGAACUAGUGAAAGGACCGAAGAAGGUGGAAAAGGUGGACAAAAAUGCAGAACUUGCUGCCAAGUGGAAGUACUGCAGCCUGAGCCAAGAAAAGCUACGGCGUCCUAUUGUGGCCUGUGAACUCGGGAGGGUGUACAAUAAAGAUGCCAUCAUUGAGUAUCUGUUGGAUAAAUCAGCAGAAAGACCAAACACUGAAGUUGUUGCACACAUACGUGGAAUUAAGGAUGUAAAAGAGUUAAAUCUGACUGAUAACCCAGCAUGGGAAGGAGAGAGGAGGAAUGCUAAGGGUGACUGCUAUGAAGACAUGCAUUGCGCCAUGUUUAUCUGCCCUGUAGUGGGACUGGAAAUGAAUGGCAAACACAAGUUUUGCUACUUGCUCACCUGUGGCUGCGUGUUCUCAGAACGAGCUCUCAAGGAGGUAAAGACUGAGAUCUGUCAUAAGUGUGGAGACCCAUUUCAGGAAGAUGAUAUUGUGAUGUUAAAUGGCAGCAAAGAAGAGCAAGAGAAGCUGCAGAAGGCAAUGGAGGAGAGAAGGUCCAAAGCUAAAGCACUCAAGAAGUCAAAGAAAAACAAGGCUCUUGGGACGGCUUUCAAAUCAACAGAUGCAGAAGCUCCAGGACCUUCUGGUUCUUCUAAGCAAGUCAAGCCCACUGCUGCAGCUGGGAGUAAACGGUCCAUUCAGGACAUGGAGGAGAAGUCGGAGGUCUUCAAAUCUAUCUUCACAUCUCACAGCUCUGCCAAGCGUACCAAAGACCAGAUGUCCAACUGGGUUACUCACACACCCUACCACUUUUAAAUACCAAAUCAUUAGUGCCCUCUUCGUUUAAGAAAAAAAAUUUAAGUUCUUUUACCUGGUUAAGUAAUUGUCUUUUUUUGGAUAAAUACAUGAUUCUUCCGAAAACCUACUUCAUGUAAGCAUUAUUUUGACCAUGUUUAUAUUUCUUAGACAAAACAUGGCAGGUCAAAUGAAACCCUUUUUUCUCUGGUAUAUUUUCACUAUUUUUUUUCUUUUCUUUACAGUAGUCUUGUAAUAUAUUCAUUGACAUAUUAAAAUAGUGGAAGUUCAGACAGUUGUAUGAUGUACGGCUUUACAAUGUCAGUGGGAUUUUGUUUUCAUGGGUUGGGUCCAUUUUUAGACCCCUUGGUAGGAAAGUUCACUUGGUAUAAAAUUAUAUCUGACCUGAAUAAACAUUUCUGUCCUGAUAGGAGAGAUAUCUUCCAACCUGUAGUAAUAUUCCAUCCACAGAUUUUCAACAAUAUGAUGAGUCAUAUGGCAUGUCAGGGUCACAGUUAAUAGAUUGGAACCUGUUUGAGGAUUUACAAUGCAACAGCCUGUGGUUUGGCAGAGAUAAAGCUGAUUCAAAAUAACUUUGUAUUGAUUUAAAAUACCCUUUCACUCUAAAGUGAAAAUGUAAACUCGAACCAUGGCAACAAAAAUCCCCCACAGCAUAACAAAGCAAUUCAUUUUUACUGUAAUUGGUCACCUGUUUGUAUAUAUCUUGUGUGACAGCUUCUUUGAUAAACUUUUUAAGGAUUUACCUGGAGAUGCUAGUGGGCUCCAUAUGAUUAAAUAAAUUUCCUGGCAAACUUU